AUGUUCCGGAUGCAGGAUGUCUGUCCAGACGUGCGAUCAAUUGUAAGUAAGCUGGAGGACGAGCCUAUGAUAUACUACUAUGACGCGGAACAAGGCCGAUGUAUAGCGUUCACCUACAACGGCGCUCUCGGCAACUACAACAACUUCAAGUCAUCAGCUGAUUGUGAACUGUUCUGCGCUAAAUUGCAAUGCAAGUACGGUACACCUUUGAAGAUCGGUGCCACCAACCAGCGUUGCAGUACGAAUGCGGACUGCCCCAGCACUCACGAAUGUCAAAGCGAUCACAACGUCUGCUGUCCACGACCUCGUGAGUUUCCCUUGAGAAAUUGA